AUGAGCACAAAUAAACCUACGACCCCAAUAUCAUCACCAAAAUUACUGCACCCUCCUACCAUGACAUCCAUUAUUCAACCCGUAUCUCCACCUACUAUCACUCCUACUACACCUCCACCACCUCACUCAAGAACUAAACGAAGAAGUUAUGGGGUAUUUGAGUCCCCAGAUCGACAGAAGGAUGGGAACAACAACACAAAUAAUGACUUAUUAAUUCCCGCACUACCGUUUACGCCUUCGACCAAAAGACGAAGUUAUGGACUUUUUGAUUCCCCCGUGGGUAAAUCACCUUAUGGAGCUGCAUUGAAAACACCUAGAAAUGAAGACUAUUCUCCAGAGCAAGAUGAUGAUAAAAAAUUGAAAUUACAAAAAACCCCACAAUUUACUUCGGCAAAACGUUUAUAUGAUACUUUGAAUUCAGCAAUCUCAAGAUCACCAAAUAUUUUUGCCAAUUCAAAAUCUUCAAUAAAUUAUAGAGAGCAGCUUCAAAGUACUUCUCCUACAAAAGUAUCUCCUAUAAAAUUCCCAACCACUCCAUCUCCUCCAAAUAGUAAACAUUAUACUACUCAAGUACCAUCACUACCGUUUACUCCUUCAACAAAGAGAAGAAGCUAUGGUCUUUUCGAAUCUCCUGUUAGUAAAUCCCCGUCUAAUGUUCCGUUGGAUACACCUGUCAAUGACGAAAUUGAUGCCAAAGAAGCCAUAAAGAAAAUGUUGGAAAGAAGAAACGGUACAUCAUCAUCUACAUCAACAGCAGGUGUUCUGUCGAAACCAAAAGUAAAUCCAAUUAAUUUAAGCAUGGAUAAAACUAAUACUACAACUACUACUACUAAUACAUCAUCUAAUAAUUCAACUCCAACACCUCAUUUACCUGCAUUAAAACUUCCUUCUUUGGAUUCAAAAUUUACUGAAAGGGAAGCUGCUUUUUCUUUAGUUAAACUACAGUCAGUUGCUGGUCAUGAAGAUGAUACUGAAACUGAAGAUGAAGAUGAUUUUUAA